GUAAGCACAUCCCCUUAGUCAGUGAUUUUGGUGUGUAGGAUUUUUACGCAAUGGAAUAAUUUUUGUGAAAAAGAGCAAAUUUUCAGCAUUUCCACUUGACCUAAAAAGUCAAUCCACCUUCAAUAUUGUUACCAAUCGCCUCUAGUGUAGAUUUAGUGCAAAGUGAGAGUGAUAUUUGUGGGGAAAGUGCUUUUUAUCUGUGGAUUUUUCUCUUGGCCUCCGAAGUGGAUCCCCAUUGCUUGAUGACUUCACCGAAAUUAUCUACCAGCUAAAAUUGCUUCCAAUUUCGACAUCCUGUCCUCUGUGUUGGCUCAGUCUUUUGCCUUUGGUGGGCUUUCUUAUCGUGGCCACACAAGUGAUCGGACAGGAGUCCCGGGAGUGUCUCAGGAAGUGCAGCAGUCCGGGUGGUAAUAGUGCGUCCGGAAAUUUUUGUAGUGGAGGUGUUUGUGGGGAGGAAAAUGUUAAAGUGUCCUUGUCAGUGGAGUGAGAGUGUGUGAAAUCUAUCAAGCUGGCGUCCAACGUGCAGGGUAUGAUGAGGAAGCAGUUCAACAAGAUCAAGUUUACUCCCUUCCCAAGACGGAAUAAAUCGGAGCAGAGCAUAGAUAACCUUGCCAAUGUGGAACAACAUGUGGAAAAAUUUAAGGAUGUCCUCGAGAAAAUCAGCAAAAAGCUACCUUCGGCGUCAUUCGGACAGGAAUCCGAUAAAGAUAAACGUCUCAAAAAGGUCCAUGAAUAUCGAUUGGCGCUAGCAAUGGAAGAGUCCGUUAAGGGCCUUCCGGAUGGAUUGCUUAAAGAUGUACUAGAGAAUUGUGCCAAAUUGGAAAAGAAAAUUGCCGAAGAUAUUCUUAAACAUGAGACAAAUAUCGAGGGUAAUGUGACUAAACGUCUCAAUGGGAUACUAGAGACAAAUCUCUCGUCAAUCCAGAAGCACAAGAGAAAUGUAACAAAGUUGACGCAGGAAAAUGAAUCGGCAAAGAAUAAAUUGCGUUUGAAUGAUAAUAAUGCCAAGACGAGUCAACUGGCUGAGGAUGUUGCCGAAUGUGAGACAAAAUUGGACAAAGAACGCGACAUCUGGGCAGCAGAGAUGUUUGAAUUGAUUGCUGAGGAGGAGAACAUUGCCAGUUGUAUUUUAGACUAUGUUAAAUAUCAACAAUUGUGCUACAAAUCUGCCCUCUGUGAAAUUGAGCAAGUUUUAGAUGAUGUUAAUGGGUUCAUAAAAGACAACAACAAACGGAUGUUCAGAGUACCGCUAGUGGAUCACUUGGCUGCGACAAAUCGAUCCAUUUCCUACGUGAUCGAGCUGUGCGUUUGUGCUCUGCUCGAGAAGGGGCUGUACGAGGAGGGACUACUUCGUGUAGGAUGUACGAACACCAAACUGAAACGAAUGCGAUCGGCUAUAGACGCCCAUGUUAUUGGUCCACGUCUUCCGCCUGAAUAUCAGGAUGUCCAUGUGAUUGCCGGUGUCUUGAAGGCAUACCUACGUGAUUUGCCUGAUCCACUCCUCACAUUCAAUCUGUAUAGUGAAUUUGUGGCUGCGGCUCAGCGUCCAAUUGAGUCACAGCGAAAAAGUGCAAUUCUCAAUGCAAUCCAUCAAUUGCCAGAUGGUCAUUACUACAAUCUACGCUAUCUGACCAAAUUUCUAUCGUGUCUGGCUCAGAAGAAUGCCCACAAUAAAAUGUCUUCGCAGAAUAUUGCGAUUGUCAUGUCGCCAAAUCUGCUGUGGGCCAGAGAAUGUGAUGAGACAGAUUAUGCCCAGAAGGUUAAUAGUACAGCGGCUGUGAAUACAAUUGUGGAGUUGCUUGUAUCCGAUUGGAAUUUCUUCUUUGAUGGUGAUUUCGAUUUCUACGUAACAAUGUCUAAAGAUGAUCUAUUCUCAGGCAAUAGUGGGACAUCCGGUGAUCAAGAAGCACCCACAAAUGUUGUUAACUCAGGUAUGGACAGCAUGUCCAAGUCAAUGAAUGCAGCAUCACUGGCGGUAGCUACAGCAACGGCAAAUGCCAACAAUGUGAGUGGGAAUUCGGCGAGUCACUACCAAUCACAUUCACGCAGCAGCAGUCACGAUACUAGUCUAAUAUUGUUAGGAGAUCAGGUGAAGCGAAGCCAGUCAAAUAGUUCGCUGUCGGAUCAGUCAAGUCCACCGCAGGGGAGUCCAAAGUUGCCAAUGCGACGGCGGCACAAUAAACCAACGGCUCCAACGCCUCCUGAUAUGAGGGGUGAGAAGAACAGUGAUCGACAGCGCACAGAGAAAGUUAGUGAGAAUAGCAAUCACCAAAGGAGUCGGAAGGAGAGUUCAUCGCAAACGCCACCGUCAGCGGUGAAAAAUCAACAGCGAGGCAGUGUGGAGAACCUCGCGAAGCCGGAAAAGCCACCGCGACCUGUGAUGUCCGCCGAGUGUCAGACACUCAAUCGGAUGGCGUAUAAGUGUGCCAAGGCAGGAGCUGCGGCUGGAGUGACACCGCAAAAGCCCGUUGCUCUGCCCAGAACAUCAAUUCCACCGGCCAAGAAUGGUAGUGGCGGUGAGACGGGGGGCAGGAGUAAGAGUAGUGAUGAGGAUGAUGUUGUGAUUAGGGUGAAUAGUAGUGAGAAGCCUGCCAUACCCGAAAGACCGGCUACGUUGAUGCGACCCAUCAGCUACAAGGGCUCCCUCCAGGAGGUCAAUCAGAUUCCUUCCGGAGGGGUCAGUGUGGGUGAUGUGAAGAAGACACAGAGCUUUCGACUGAGCUCAGGUAACACCAACAAAGAUCCCAAUACGCCAACUGUCCUCGAGAGGACGCACAUCUACAAUGUGGACAAGCAGCAAGUGGCGAUUAUUGAUGUUGGUGGUGAUUCCAGCAAUGGACGACAAAUGGCAAAGGCUCAACAGUCAUCAGAUCCUGAGCCAGAGCCAUCUACUCCAACAGAUUCUGAGAUCAUGGCUGUGCCCCCGUCGCCGCGUGGGGAGCAACAGAAAAUCAAGCGACCGCAGAUUCCGGCUCCACCGCCCCCAGCUGCCGUUACACGAGCAAUUGAAGGAGGUUCAGUCAAACUAGCUCGGUAGUUGGAUUAGCUGGCCAGUUAGUGGACAGAGACGAGAAGGUCACCAAAAGAUCCCAAAUGUGAGGUGAACUAUCGCUUAAGAAAUGCGCGCAUCUGUGAAAUAUUGUCUCAAAGCGACUGCGUAAGUGAUUUUUUUUUAAGUUUAACAUGUUUUUUUCUUCCUUUUUUACAUUCACUUUAUAGAAUUUAGGGAUGUUAAGGCAAACAAAAAAAAAGUGCAAGUGCAAUUGGCUAUAAAAAUUAUUCAAUUUAAAGUGAAAGAUUCUUUUUGAAGUGAAAUAUUCGUUAAUUUUUCAAUAUAAGCAUUUUUGGUCAGUAUUUCGGCGAAAAUGGUAAGUGAAAGAUCGUAAAUAAAAAACCCAAAUUUGAUUUGUAAAAAACAAAUUAAUAAAUAAAAAUUGUGUCAAUAGACGUCAUAUUUGGUGAGUAAAAAAGUAAGUAACUUAUAAUUUGGUCAGUAAAAUAGUAAACUUUGAUCGGUAUAUAAACCAAAUUUGAUCUGCAAAUAAAUCUAAUUUACCCAGUAAAAAUUAAAUUUUCAUUAGUAAAUAAAUUUAAUUUGAUUAGUAAUGCAUUCGGUACACCUUUUAGCUCGGUAUCAUGAAAUCAAAAUUCGUGUCCCUUUCUUUCUCAAAAGAUUUGCAUAAGUCUAUCUCACUCUUUCUUUCUCAAAAUUGGACUGACUUAAUUUGGUGUGAUGUUCAAAAGAAGAAGAAGAAUGCAAAAGAGUGGGAUAGACAUAUGUUAAACUUUUAUGAAAGAAAAGGAUAUGAAUUUCGACUACACGAAAUUUUCCUGAACUGAAUGGUGUGCCAGAGCCGUUAUGCCUCUGGCACACCUUUUAGCUCGGUAUAAUUUCAUGAAAUCAAAAUUCGCGUCCCUUUCUUUCUCACAUGUUUUGCAUAAGUCUAUCUCAAUCUUUCUUUCUCAAAAUUGGACUGACCUAAAUUUAAAUUGGUAUGAUGUUCAAAAGAAGAAGAGGAAGAGUGCGAAAGAGCUAAACAUAUGCAAAACUUUUAAGAAAGAACGGAAUGUGAAUUUUGACUUAAUGAAAUUUUUCUGAUCUAAAAGGUGUGCCGGAGUCAUAAAAAUCACAUUUGCUCAGUAAAAUGUCAGAUUUAGUUAGCUAAGAGAUCAAAUUUCGUUACUAAUGGCUCCGGCACACCUUUUAGAUCAGGAAAAUUUCAUGAAGUUGAAAUUCGAAACCCUUUCUUUCUCACAUGUUUUGCAUAUGACUAUCUCAUUCUUGCGCAUACCAAAAUUCGAUUAAGCUAAAUUGAAUUUGGAGUGAUGUUUAAGAGAAGAAGGAGAGUGCAAAACAUGUGAGAAAGAAGGGGAUCCGAAAUUCGACUUCAUGAAAAAAGGUGUGCCCGAGCCAUUAGCACUCUUUUUCUUCUUUUGAACAUCAUACCAAAUUAAAUUUAGUUUAGUCCAAUUUGGAGACCAAAAGAGUGGAAGAGACUUAUUUAAAUAUUUUGAGAAAAAAGGGAAAAGAAUUUUUAUUUCAUGAAAUUUGACCGAACUAAAAUGCGCCGGAGGCAUUACUAAUUUUGUUUUUGUUACUGAAAAAAAUAAAUUUUUCUUUUUACUGGUUGAAUUUAAUUUCGACUGUUCAUUUGGCAGAAGUAACUCAUCAGUCUAGACUAGAUAUUUGACUAGUCAAAACAAUUUUUACUGACCAAAUUUGAAGUCUUGCAGUUAAUUUCGACCAAAAUACUGCCCAUUCUGAUGUUUCCGUGACUAUUUUUCUCUGAUGAAAGUUGCCAAUAUGCAUAAAAGCCAGUGUACAAAAGUUGUGAGCAUUAUCAUGGUCAAAAAAAAAUGUUAUCACACCAAAUAAUUGCGAUAUAUUUGUGUUUUUUUCCUAUUUGUUUUCGGUCUAAUAUUGAUGGGAAAAUUAUGAAAAAAAAGAACAGGAAAUAUUUUCACUUCACAUGCCAUUUCCUGCUCACAUUGUUUUUACUUUUUGCCUGGUACAGAGACAGAAAGAGAGCGAGAAAUGAAAACAAUUUAUGCAGCUACAAUCACUUGUUAGUAGAAACAAAAUAAAAUAAUUCUCUGUAUUUAUUGGGUGAAAAUAAAAGAAAAGCAAAACAAAUAGAUUAUGCUAAAAAGUUUUAUAGAGAAAAAGGAAAAAAAGAGAAAUGAAACAUAAAAUUACAUGAUGCAAGAAAUUAAUCAAAUUCACAAUUUUCCUAAUAUUUACCUCCGCAAUGAUAAUAAAAAAAAUAUAUUCUGCAUUUUAUAACAAAAAUAAAGAAAAAUAAAUAAAGAAAGAAAAAAUAUAGAGUGAUUGAUAAGUAAAUUUCACUAUUCAUAAUCUAUUUUAGCCAAUAUAUCUUUCAAGUGGUAUGAUUUAAAUUAAUCAUCUUCUAUACCACAAAUUUAACAAUUUAUCUAUUAGAGGACAUCUUUUCGUAUCUAUUUACUUCACAUUGAAUGCAUAUCAUCAAGAAAGUCUCUCUUCCCUCAUCUCAAUCAUUAUAAAUUAGAGCAGUAUUUCUCAAACCUAUGAGUCACAUCAGAAGGAAACUCUUAAGAAGCUUAAAAUAGCGCCUUAUACUACAAAUAUAUAGUAAUCUUACCUCUUGGAAUCCAAAUUUUUCACUCUUAAAACAUACGUCCCAAAAGAUAAUCAAUAAAAACUACUUGUACUAACUUUUAAAUACAGUAAAAUGCCGGAUUUCCGGUUAUUUUUGACCCGGUUACCUUUAAAAAUUUCAUUGGAAUCAAUGGACAUGGUAGGGUUCUUUGCCGUAUCUUAUGUGUCAUUAUUUAUUGGAUCGAGAGAUUCCUAUGGUUAUUUGUUCGUUGGAACUGCAUUUUUAACAUUUUACUAAAAGUUUCAUUGCAACCAGGAGCAAUGUUUUGCCCUGAGAAGUCUGAAAUUAUUUUUUUGGUCCGCCUUCCCUUCCCAACUUGCCCUGUUGAAACUUGAAAAGGUCAAUAAAUCUUCCAAUUGAAGAAGGAAGGCUUGAAAACAGUGCAGCUGCAGCAGACUUAUAAUCUCUAAGUUCUGUCUUGAUCGCCCGUCUUAGCCCAUAAAUUAUUGUGUAACCGCAACGGGAACUUGUUCUGUCGUGCACAGUGAGUCCCAUCCAGUCCGGUCAUCGUGGAACAGUCAAAUGUCGAUCUUGAGGUCUGUUUGAUUUUGUGCAAUCAAGUUAAUUCAACAACGGAGCCCCAAGAUGGUAGAUCGAUAAAUGUCUCUUUCGUAACCACCGUGGUUCGUACCCCAAGCGAGAUCCACACAAACGAUGUCCAAAAUGACAAAAUCCUGGAUCUCGCUGUGACGACCGUUACGUCUCCUUUUUGUAUUGAUGUACAUUCCGAGAACGUAGCGAGCUUUACACUGAAUCUUCGUCAAUAACAUAUUAUGGGCGAAAUCUACGCAUUAAGGCGUAUCGUGUAUACGGUUAGUUAAUGCACUUGGUCGUGUUUUCAGUACAGUGACAAAUUCACUUGGGUUCAACAGCUUCAGUUGAAGAACUCGCUAUAAACAGCUUGGUAUACAAAAAUUCUGUUACUUUAUGCGGAAGGCUGAAAAACUCAUAUUUGUUCAAGGCUCUUCAGUGGUACGAUUAACUAGGAGAUCUUCAGACUCUACCGAAAUCUAAGUAUCACAGAGGUCUCCUCUCUUUUGAUUCCUAAGGCUAAAAUAAACUUCUUUCUUACUACCUCCUCUUCAUCUCAUGUUGAAGUUGUAUUUGUCUUCUCACCUGUAAGCUGCGACAAAUCUUCGGCGUUAAGAUAACAAAACAGAGGUUUGCAUACAGACGUCUAGCAUCAAGAAAUCCUCCGAAGGAAUACUUGUUUUUGGGUUGCAUUUUACAUUUGUUGUUGCCAUAUUGCGAUGUUGACUGUUGACAUUAAUUAUGCUAGACUUACUUACGGAGGUUAAAUUACCAAGACACAAGCAGAUGAAGCAAGAACCAAGAGAAAUUUGAUGUAAAACUGGACAAACGUGCAAUAUAAACUAUCAACUUCCUUUUCAAUUCACAUUACUCUUUAUUUCGAUACCAGUAAUAUCCUUGUAUGAUAGGUAAAUCGCAGUGGUUUGCACCAAUUUAUCAGGCACCCUGACUGAUCCACUACCACCCAUUAGAAUCCUGCUCCUGCACUAAUCGCUCUUGAAAAAUAUCUUGCUAGACCAGAUAAAUUUCGUUUUUAGUUCGUAACUGACCUCUCCCUUGAAGUCAUCGUGUAGCACGAAAAGGGCCGUAGCGCUGGGGGGCAUUGAGGGGCAAACUUCCAAUGCCCUACCUUGAAAACCAGAAACUAAGAUAAUGUUCUAAGUAAACUGUUCGUAGUAUGAUAUGGUUGUGAAGAAAUUAAUCUCCUAUUAAAUGGUCUGAUACAUCUAAUAUAAUAGAGUUAUCGAUUGAAGUGCUUAAUGCAAUUGGUUAAAAUCGUAUGGAAAAUCAAACGAUAAUUUUGUGGAAAAUUUAGAUAUUUUCAUAAACAUCUUUAAAAAAAAUAAAAUAGAAUACUUAUCCAUCAUUUUGGCAUUGUUAUUAAUAAUUUGAUUCUUACAUUUCUUACAUAAAAUACUCAAUAUAAGGUAAAGUACUCUCUAGUCGGAGGGUUCCUCAACUCGGCCAGUUGAAUUAUUUAACUCUUUCCGGACCACAACAUAUCCAGCGCACGAAUUUCAGUAAAACUCACUUUAUUGUAAGUCUUGGUUGUCAAAUAUGAUACUUUUGUAGAGAAAGAAUUUUCUCCGCCUCUGGGAAAUUGGAAAACUCAUGGGAACUCUCGUCCCCAAAAGAAUGAAAAGGAGACAAACUUGGACAAACUUCAAUUUUCCAAAAGCCAAUAAUAUAUCAAUUUUGUGAAUUAUUUUUGCGUGUCAAAUGACUCCUUUAAAAUGUUGAUCACUAAAACAAGAAGAAUUAUUGACUGCUAAAUUUGAUUAAUGCCGUACCUUUAACUACUGAUGCGCUACCUUAAAUUCAACUCUAGCUACGGCCCUGAGCACAAAUGCUAAAGAUCCCACACCAGAAUAUACUGGAGCACCCUUCAUCGCUAACCUCCCGGAAUUGAGCCCCAUUGCCCAUUCCUAGACAGUCUCACGAAUCUGAUGCCUUGCCUUCCUCGCUUCGCUAAUGAAGACCGACUGAGAAGCCGAUUCGAUUGUGCCUUCGAAAUAACUCGUCGAGCACUCACAAUCCAAUUUAACGGAACUAUAGCGAUAUCGUAACUUGAGGUUAGUCGUCGUUAUAGCACCCCUCAAAGCUACCACUCCAGCUGAACAGUGAUUUACCGUUGGCUUAGAAUAGUCUUCGUCAAGACGGGCUUUGUACCUAGAUAAGAUAUUUGUUUGUUCCAAAAACUUUUCUUUACAGUUUUGUUACGAAAUAUAGUUACAAUUUUCUUAGAGUUUUCUUUUGGAACCGUCUUGAUACGGUGGAAUGUCUACAAAUUUGAGUUGAUUACGUUUUAUGUAAAUUCGUUCCUGAAAGUUGGAAUAGAAUUUGUUGCAGUUUUGUUCCCACUGUCAGGAACAAAUUGGUACAUUUUCUCUAUAACAAUAUUAUUCCUACAUUUGUAACAUAUUUGUUCCAAAAAUUUUUGGUGUCCGUGGACGAGGUAAUUUUCGGAACGAAAUUGUUCCUCAUAUGGGGAAUCUUUUUGUUCCCAUUGUCUGGAACAAAUUCGUUACUAAUAUUGGGUAUAUUUUUGUUCCUCCUAGAAGGUACAAAUUUAUUCCAAAAAUUUCCGGUAUCCGUGGACGAGCUACAUUUUGGAACAAAUUCGUUACUAAUAUUGGGUAUCUUUUUGAGUCUCGUAAAAUGAACACGAUUGUACCAAAAAUUAUGGUGUCCGUGGACGAGCUAAUUUUUGGAAUAAAUAUGUGCCGAAAUUUUUUAUCGUGUACCCUUGCAACUUCAAGCAUUACAAAUUUGCGUUCCCUUUUAUUAUAUAAGUUCAGGAGCCAACUUCUGUUGCGAAAAUUGCGAAAAGGCCACUCAAACUUGCAAAAAUUUCAAAUUAAACUGAACACUAUUAAUUUUAUUUAAUUGAACUCACAAAUUUGAUGGUACGUAGCGUACGUACUUUGUACUACUUAAGUAGACCUAGACAGACAUACGACGCAGUAACAAGUCUAAAUUCUUAAAAGUUCAACCGUUAAUUUUCUUCUUAUUACAAAGCUGAAAAAUUAUUUGAAAUAAACUUUCAUAUGUAUAGUAUGCUGUACUAAACCUUUAGAUAAAAUAUGUACCGUAAUGAUAAUAGUUUUCUUCUUAAACUCAAUAAUAUUCCUUUUGGAAAAAAUCAUACUAGUCUCUUUCAAAAAGUUAAUAAUCGGGUCGUGGAAUUGUAUAAAGAAACAAAAUGUAACAAAUCACAAAUCUCUUUUUAAACUUUGUAAGAUAAAAGCUAUAUUUUUCUAAUUCAUAUCUAGCCGAAAAACUUAGAAUGAUUGCAUAAGUGACUCAUAAAAAAAAGAUAUAGCUUAAAGUUUGAGAAGCACUGCUCUAUACAAAACUUUCUUAACUCAAUCUUGCUUACAAUAUAAGAAGAAAAAUAUAGAUAAAAUGUUUACCACAAGAAAUUAUCAAGCAUAUGAAUCGUUAUCUAAAUCACUUAACUAAUGAAAAAAAUGAUUAGUGAAAAUUAAAAUCAAUUUAGGCUGAAUAUUGAAAUAAAUUUUCCUUUAGUUGAUGACACACAUUUUCCAAAUUGUUGUCUAGGUAAUGAACAAAAAAAUUGAAUUGUUUUGGUUUCAUAGGCAAUGCGCACGAUUAAAAAAAAAAUGAAAUUACAAGAAUAGUGCCUGAAACAAAUUUGAAAAAAAAAACAUAAUUUGUAAUUGCAUAUUUUGUAAACGGAAAAAUUCUUGUGAAAUAAAAGAAUGUGAAGCAAUAUUGUGAGAAAUAAUUGCAGGUAAAUUGAAACAUUUUCAUAGAAAGUGUGAUAAAUGAAAAAAAUAAGUAUUUGUGUUGGUAUAGACAAUUUUUUUGUGACAAUAUCUUUUUUAUCACUAUCUUCCUUCCAUUUACGAAAUUAAAAAAAGUAAGUAUAAAAGAAGAAAGAUAUAGUUUUUGCAGAUAAAAAAAAUUCUGAGAAGGAAUUAAAAAAAAAUACCGACAAUAUAAAUUUCGAACAAAUUUCAUAAAUAUUCAUAGCAAAAUGGCAAUUUUUUAAUCCACUUUAUUAUGAUCACUUUUCAACUUCAUAAUAUUUCAUGAAAGAAAGUGAGAGGAUAGGAAAUAUAGCUCUAUAUUGUAUCCUUUGUAUUUGAGCAAUGUGAAGAAGCGAGCAGAAGAGCGAAAGAAUAUACAAAUUAUAUUCAAUGUAAA